AUGGUUGGAGUUACGCAGAAGCAACCCGUCAAAGAACAGAAUCCUGCUCAAACAACCGCCUCGUUUGAGCUUGCUGACGGACAUGGCUAUAUGCUGGACACCACGAGCUACCAAGCCGCUGGCCGGCUGAACCUCCAACAUUAUCUAUGGAGGGAAGUCUUCGGAUACAGUAUCCAUCCAUCCAUUGAGCUUCCGAAGAAUCCGAAGAUAUUGGAUGUGGCAUGCGGAAGUGGCCUGUGGCUGAUAGACGUCUCCAGAGAACUUCCUGGGGCCCAGCUUGACGGACUGGAUCUGGAUCUCACACGUGCUCCGCACAGGACAUGGCUGCCUCCAAACAUCAACCUCGGACACUGGGACAUGUUCGGAGAAGUGCCGCCGGAGCUUGUAGGCAAGUACGACCUUGUGCACAUCCGGCUCCUCAUCCUGGUUUUGUCGGGUGUGGAUCUCAGCAAGCCUCUAGCCAACUUCCUCAAGCUUUUGAAGCCAGGCGGAUAUAUCCAAUGGGACGAGAUUGACGCCGUGAACAUCCAUGUUAAGAAGCCCAAUAACAUGACUGAUGCUCCGGCAUUGGAGGAGCUCCGCACUGCGUGCUACUCCAACGGAAGACAUAACUGGACCAGGGACCUACCCCACUUGCUGGCGCAGUCGGGAUUUCAGACGCCGAAGCUGCACUGGUAUGAUGAGACUCCGGAACUGGUGCGCGCGUUCAAUGAUCAGCAUCUCAUGACGAUGGAGGAAUUCGCUGCACGCCUGACGCAGACGGGUCAACAUGAGGGUGCUGCUGAUUUUCGUCGGAUCAUUGCGCAGUCGUAUCAAGAAUGUCUGAACGGUGCGGCCCUGUCGAUGCCGCGAGUGGUGGUGGUAGCUCAGCGUCCAGAGCAGAGAUAG